GCACUGUGUCAUGAAGGUGGCUGUGGUUUCAGCCCCAGAGACCAAAUAAGAAGAAAGCUGAGAGAGGGGGGCAACGUUUUUGGAUGACAAAGGAUGGGUUUCCAUUUAAUUACGCAGCUGAGAGGCAUGCGUGUGGUGCUAGUGCUUCUUCCUACACUGCUGCUUGUUAUGCUCACGGGGGCUCAGAGAGCUUGCCCAAAGAACUGCAGAUGUGACGGCAAAAUUGUGUACUGUGAGUCUCAUGCUUUCGCAGAUAUCCCUGAAAACAUUUCUGGAGGGUCACAAGGCUUAUCACUGAGGUUCAACAGCAUUCAGAAACUCAAAUCCAAUCAGUUUGCCGGCCUUAACCAGCUUAUAUGGCUUUAUCUUGACCAUAAUUACAUUAGCUCAGUGGAUGAAGAUGCAUUUCAAGGGAUCCGUAGACUGAAAGAAUUAAUUCUAAGCUCCAACAAAAUUACCUAUCUGCACAAUAAAACAUUUCACCCAGUUCCCAAUCUCCGUAAUCUGGACCUCUCCUACAAUAAGCUUCAGACCUUGCAAUCCGAACAAUUUAAAGGCCUCCGGAAACUCAUCAUUUUGCACUUGAGAUCUAACUCACUGAAGACUGUGCCCAUAAGAGUUUUUCAAGACUGUCGAAAUCUUGACUUUCUGGAUUUGGGUUACAAUCGUCUUCGAAGCUUGUCCCGAAAUGCUUUCGCUGGCCUCUUGAAGUUAAAGGAGCUCCACUUGGAGCACAAUCAGUUUUCCAAGAUCAACUUUGCUCAUUUUCCACGUCUCUUCAACCUCCGCUCGAUUUACUUACAGUGGAACAGGAUUCGCUCCAUUAGCCAAGGCUUGACAUGGACUUGGAGUUCCUUACACAACUUGGAUUUAUCAGGGAAUGACAUCCAAGGAAUUGAGCCGGGCACAUUUAAAUGUCUGCCGAAUUUGCAGAAAUUGAAUUUGGAUUCCAACAAGCUUACCAACAUCUCACAGGAAACUGUCAAUGCGUGGAUAUCAUUAAUAUCCAUCACCUUGUCCGGAAACAUGUGGGAAUGCAGUCGGAGCAUUUGUCCUCUAUUUUAUUGGCUCAAGAAUUUCAAAGGAAAUAAGGAGAGUACCAUGAUAUGUGCAGGACCUAAGCAUCUCCAGGGCGAAAAGGUUAGUGAUGCAGUGGAAACAUACAAUAUCUGCUCUGAAGUCCAGGUGGUCAACACAGAAAGAUCACACCUGGUGCCCCAAACGCCCCAGAAGCCUCUGAUCAUCCCCAAACCUACCAUCUCCAAACCUGACCUCACCCAGCCCACCCUUGAAGCACCAAGCCCUUCCCCAGGGUUUCAGAUUCCUGGCACAGAGCAAGAAUAUGAGCAUGUUUCGUUUCACAAAAUUAUUGCAGGAAGCGUGGCUCUCUUCCUCUCGGUGGCCAUGAUCCUCUUGGUCAUCUAUGUGUCUUGGAAACGCUACCCAGCCAGCAUGAAACAACUUCAGCAACACUCUCUUAUGAAGAGGCGGCGGAAAAAGGCCAGAGAGUCUGAAAGACAAAUGAAUUCCCCUUUACAGGAGUAUUAUGUGGACUAUAAGCCUACAAACUCUGAGACCAUGGAUAUAUCCGUUAAUGGAUCUGGGCCCUGCACAUAUACCAUCUCUGGCUCCAGGGAAUGCGAGAUGCCACACCACGUGAAGCCCUUGCCCUAUUACAGCUACGACCAGCCCGUGAUCGGGUACUGCCAGGCUCACCAGCCGCUCCACGUCAACAAGGGCUACGAAGCAGUGUCUCUGGAGCAGGAUGAAACCCCCAGCCUUGAGCUCCGGCGGGACCACAGCUUCAUCGCCACCAUCGCCAGAUCGGCAGCGCCCGCCAUUUACCUUGAGAGAAUAACAAACUAA